AUGAAGCUCUUCACUGUCAUAUUUUCCUACGUCCUCCUCCUUGGCCUCUAUACACCACCAAGCCUGUCAGAUAGUCCACCUCUGCAAGAUGUGUGCCCUAUGGCACCUCAGAGUGAACGGAAUCCGUUCAUGAACGGUUACGUCUGCAAGCAUCCUAGCACCAUACUUGCUUCUGAUUUCAAGACAUUGCUUCUCAACCAUGCCGGGAAACUAGACAACAUGGUCCGUUCAUCUACAAACAUCGUCACCGCCGCCGAGUUCCCUGGCCUCAACACCCUUGGUAUGUCGAUGGCACGGACCGACAUCGACCCCUAUGGCCUAGUGCUUCCCCACUCUCACCCAAGGGCGUCUGAGAUGAUGUUUGUCCAUGAUGGCAGCGUGCUGGCCGGUUUCUUUGACACAACCGGUAAGCUGUUUCAGAAGAGACUGUGUGAGGGGGAUGUGUUCAUCUUUCCCCGUGGCUUGGUUCACUUCAUGAUGAACUAUGGUUUUCGCCUUGCGACAACAUUCUCGGUUCUCAACAGCCAGAACCCUGGUGUGGUUGGAAUCACCCAUGCGAUGUUUGCACCAGAUUCAGAUGUAGUUGAGGGGCUGAUGGCCAGAAUGAUGAAGUUCAGAGAUAUGGAAAUCCCUGACAAUAAAACUACUGAUUUUCCAUGGACUUACUGAUUAAUUAUGUAACUAGUGAAGAUAGUGGAUCCAAUUAUAAUGAAAUUUAUCCAUGGAUGAUGAUUUCACGUUUCAAUCUGGUUUUGCAUGCAUAUGGACAGAAUUUCAUUCUAGUAAUGUUCUAUACUCGGUGAUGUAAAUACCAUGUGAUGUACUAGUUGAUUAAUUUCUGUAGGAUUUGGACCACAUCCUUCUAGCUGUUUACCUUACAGGUUGCUUGUGUAGCCUGGAUCCUUGUCGUGAUAAUAAUAAUAAUAA